AUGGGCCGAGCUCUAUUCUCCAAGACCCACCGCGCACCAGCUGUCGCUGUCCGCACAGAACCGGACCUGCUUGGGCCCCCUUGCGAAAAAUGGAGCGUCUCGAAUAGGUUCGACCCUGACUCUGACGAGUUCUUCGAGCAUGCGCAGUACGAGGCCUUCAUUGACCCCGAGACUGUCCGUCGGGAGCAGGCGGAGGGGAUUGCGGAACGGGUUCGGAGGGCGACAAUCCUUGAUGUGAGCUCUGACAGCUCGUCGGAUUCAGGCGACGGAGGUAGCGAGGUGGGGAGCCCAAUGGCCACAGGAUUGGACGACCCAGCGGUCAUGCUCGCCAACACCAUCGCCAUGGCGGAGGAUGUCCGGACGGCGCGCGCAAGUCGCCAAUUCCUCGCCGCCAGCGCCAGCGCCAAUCUCGAACAAUGGCGCACAGCACUCAGCGCCCUCAACGCCAAUACUGCCGCUGCACGUGAACAACUCGAACGUAUCACAGCAGAUAUGGCCGCGGACAAUAUUGCCAUUGCCAAUGCGGCUAAUAAUCUGACCACGGCCCCUAGAUCUAAUCGAAAUCGCCCUCGAUCAGCCUCUGCGGUUCCGGCCGUCCUUUCUGCGUCCACCGUCCGUUCGUCGAUUAUCGCUGCUGAUGUAUCGAUGGACCAGAUUCCCACUCCGCCUCGCUCCCCAGUCUUGUCGAGGCCCGUCGUCGUCUUCCCACCUUCCCCUCGAUCAAGGUCUCGCAGCCCGGUUCGCGUCCCAGCCACUCCUUCCACCCCACACAAUCCUACCGAGGACCACUCUUUGAUCUCACCAUCCCCUCCGGGAAGCGUUACCCCUGCAAGGCCCUAUUCGUGGAGGGACCCCCAUUGGCACCCAAUCCCUGCCAUCCCCAAUAGCCCCACCCGCACGAGAAACACCAGAGAGGGACCUCUGACAAACCCUCGUGCCAGGAUGUCGUAUGCUAGGCUCACUACUACCCCUGUCCUUGUCCGAAACGCCAAUUAAGGCACUUUCAAAAGAGAGGCUCAUCGACCAGCUCAACAAUCCUAAGACCCGUAAUCACGAUGGACACUGCUGUUACUUUCUAGAGUCCUUUGCCACCUUCAACCGUUUUCUUGCUAUAUACCCCUAUGUAUGGCACACCCUUCACGCGGAUUGUAUUAUUGGCCUUUGCUCUGCCUCUUUGUUGUUCAAUAUGUUUAUGUUGGUUGCUUCGUUUUGACUUAUGCUCUUAUAUCCUAUGUUUCAAGCUUUCCAUUGUUUUCUUACCCAACCCCUCUUGUUCCCGCCGCUUCCCCCACAGUCCUUUCAGCCCGCCUUGUCCUCGCUUUCAGUCUGUUUUGGUUAUUCACCUACUCAUGCCACAUCACCAGCAACCAACCACCAAGCCACGCUCCAUGAACGAACGCAACAUCUGUAUCCAAUACAUCCGACUGUCAAGCAACAAACAAACGACCUUUUUGUAUCAAUUGGGUGGAUUCGCGGGUUGCAGCCCUAUGUAUAUUUACCUUUUACACUUGCUGUUU